AUGGUGUGCGUCAUCGCGCUAAACGACACGGCACCCGUCAUUGUUGAGGUCGUGGACUCGAAGACUGCAAAGAAGACCGGAGCGUACCUGGCGGGACUUUUUGGCUAUGCGGUCCGCUCUGUGGGAGGCCAUCACGUCGUCCAAGUCGUGAUGGACAACGCCUCCAACAACAAGCGUGCGGCCGAGUUGCUUAAACCCGAAGUUCCCCAUGUCUUCUUCACUAAUUGCGCCACGCAUGUGUUGGACCUCAUGUUGCACGACUUCGGGAAGGUUCGGUCGGAUGCGGUGAGAAACGACAAAGAGGUAAUGGCAGGGGCGGAUGCGGUCAUCCAAGCCCGUGGUGGGGACGUGGCUAAGCGCGCAUUGUUGUGCGCUCAGCUGGCCCAGUUCCACAAAGGAGAGGGGCAGCUUGGAUCACACGACGCUCGUUGGGCGGCCUCGACGUUGGUGGAGGGGGGGCGCUUGACGGAUGCCGAAUGGUGGUGGAUGUAUGGUGGGGAGGUCCAGGCGCUUCAGGAGCUGGCUGUGAUGACCCUAUCACAGCCAGUCACCUCAUCUGAGGUGGAACGCUACUGGUCCGCCCUUGCUCGUGUGCAGAGGCGGGACCGGAACCGCCUGGCCGCCACAAAGAUGACUGACGUCACCUUUGUGGCCUUCACCAGGCAGGCACGUGAGGCUUUCGAUCGCAGGCAGGUUGUGCGUGAGCACCUCUAUCGUGACCUGAGCAACGGCACCCUCAAGGACGGCUGCCCCGUUCCCCCGGUCGCACCAGACAUUGAGGAAGAGGGGGCUGAAGUAGUGGAGGGAGAGGAGGAAGAAUGUACCACCAUUAACUGGGCGGAGUUCGGGAGCAUUGGGAAGAAGAGCAGGAAGAGGAAGGCGGGAGAGUCCUCCAAGAUGAAGAGGAAGGGGAAGGGGAAUGGGAAGGGGAAGGGGAAGGGGAAGGGCAAAGUUUCAUGCAGGGUUGUGAGGAAGGGAAAAGCUGCAGAGUGGGGGGAGGAGGACGAGGAGGAGGAUGACGACGACGAGGAGGAGGAGGAGGAGGAGGAGGAGGAGGAGGAGGAGGAGGAGGAGGAGGAGGAGGAGGAGGAGGAGGAGGAGGAAGAGGAGGAGGAGGAUGAGGAGGAGGAGGCUCCGGCGGCGGACAGCAGUGGGCGUGAGGAGGCGGCACCCGCCAAGAACCAAAGGGGCAUCGAUCCGUGGGAUAUCAGCGAUGGUGAUAGUGGGGAGGAGGAAGAGGAUGAGGAGGAGGAUGACGUGGAGGAGGAAGAAGAGGAUCAGUAG